AGUUAUUUUUAAACAAAAAAAAGUAGUAUCCGUUAGUGAUCAGUUGGAGCGCUAAAACUAAUAUUUACAACGUUAAUUCGCAAUUAUUUGAUGUUAGAAAGGUCAAUACAACUUGUUCCAAAGAUGUUCUUUGAAUAUUUAGCGUGAGUGAUGAAAUUCAAUCAAAUGAAUCAAAUUUCAAUUGACUCUAUUGAGGUUAAAUAGAAUAAAGAGAAAAAUAAUAGUUUAACCUUGUUUAUUUUUUGAAAUCUCACUGAAAAAAGUAUGUUGUGAACAAUCAGAAUCAAAAACUUGAAUUUAUCAUCAUGGUGAGAACAUAUCAGCGAAAGUCUACUUAUAGUAAAUAUAACAAAGAACACAUCUUGCAAGCUGUUAAAGCAAUAAAAGUUGAUUCCAAAUCAUUGACAAAAGUAGCUGAUGAAUAUGGGAUCAAAGUGUCAUCCUUAUACUACCACUUAAAUAGAUAUAAAUAUUAUGAUUUUACCAAAGAAAAAGAAAUCAAAGCUCUGAAAAAUUUUAAUCAAGUUUUUACUAAAGAACUUGAAUAUGAAUUUGUAGAACAAUUUAUAGAUGCCACUGAUUAUUGUACAGGAUUAGGUCCUUUAAAUAUAAGAAAAUUUGCAUAUGAGUUUGCUAUGCAAAAUGAACUGGAUUUACGUCAAACUUGGGUGGAAAAUGAAACUGCAGGAGAGGAUUGGUUGAAUGCUUUUUUGAAACGUCAUCCAACUAUAACUAACAUUGCUAGUUAUAAUACACAUAGUAUCCAAACAUUUUAUAAAAACUAUGAUGAAUUGUUGAAAAGGUUUAAAUUUCAAGAUAGUAAAAUAUUCAAAGUCGAUGAAAUCGCUUUCAUCACUACUGCUGAUCAGCCUAACAGAGUUUUUGCAAGACGUGGUAGAAAGGAGUCUCUUGAAUUAGACUUUACAGGAACAGAUGAACUUAUAACUAUGGUGUCAACAAUAUCAGCAAAUGGUUCAGCUCUGGUGCCUAUGUUUAAAAUACCAAGAUCAAGUUUCACAUCUGAUAUGAUAGAAAAAGCACUGGAAGGAUCUCUGAGAGUAUCAAAUAAAAGUGGAUGGUUGUCAAAAAGUGAUUUUCUAGAAUAUCUUGCACAUUUUGUAAAAACUGCAAAAUGCAGUAAAACAGAUCCAUGCUUAAUAAUUCUAGAUAAUCACGCAUCUAGUUUAUCACUUGAAGCAAUAACUUAUGCUAAAGAAAAUGGUGUAUACAUGUUGAUCUUACCUUUACAUACUUACAAUCAACUUCAGCCACUGAAAGAAAGAGUGUUUAAUAAUUUGAGGACUAAAGUUAAUAUAGCUUGUGCUAAAUGGGAUUCUGCUUGUUUAAAACCAUUGAAAGUUAAAGACAUUUUAAAAAUAGUUGAAAAAUUAUUUCCUCAAGUUUUUAAAAAUUCUGACAUCAAAAAGGGAUUUGAACUAAGUAAUCUCUAUCCUUUGAAAUAUGCAAUUGCAGUAGGUGAUGAUCAGUAUACAUACGAUGUUAAUCAAUAUAAUAAUACUAAUUCAAUUGAAGAUCAGAAAGUUAUAAUUUCAACUGAAUUUGUAAAUAUACAAUCAGCAAAGGAUGUACAGUCUUCUACAAAAAUGCCACUAUCAGAAAUUGAAUUGAUACUAGGAAUUAGUUCACCAAUAGAAAAAGAAAUAGAUCAAAAAGAUAUAAUAAAAAUUGAACAAGAAAAGACCAUAAAUGAUCAUGAAAUUGAAAAAAAGGCCAUAAAUGAUUACGAAAUUGGUGAAAGUGAACAGAAAAUUAAUAUUAAAAAAAAGAGAAAUCAAAGAGCUACAAAAACCGGAAAUUUAAAAAAAUUGAUUAAAAGGCAUAAAGUUGAGAAAUUGGAGAAAAGUGCAGCAGUGAGAACAAAAAGAAGAAGACCUAAGUUAAAUUCUAAAUUAUCAGAUUACAUUUGCUAUUAAUCAGGAGUACACAGGACAAACCACGUUUAUUCAAAAAUAUUGUGAUUGUAAGUGCAAAAACCAAAUUUUUGAUAAACAUUAGAAUUGUACAUAUAGUACAUCAGCGAUUUUAUUUUUUUAGAUAUAGUUUAAAAGAUGCACGCAUGAAAUGCGUUUUUAAAUCAAUUCUUAGAGUUUGGUAUUUAUAAAAAUAAUUGCUAUGUAAACAAGAUUUUAUAUAUAUCAAUUAUUGUAUUGUUGGAAAUGAAUUUUCUGACCAAAAUUUUUUUUGUGAUAAGUAUUAUCUUUAACAUUUAAUAAAACCAUCACAAUUUUAAUAAAAAUAUAGACGUAACAGCAGUGGAAUGAAUAAACGAAUAAUAUUUAAUAUAAAUAUAUUAAUUUUUAACGUUACAGUGACUACACUUUAAAUGUGUUAAGUUAUUUAGAAUUUAUAAAUAUGUCAUUAGGUAUAUAGUCACAUCACUGAUAGUCUCAUAAGGAUUGUCAUAUCACAUUAUAAUUACAUUAAAAUGCAAUUAAUAAACGUUAUUAUGAAAUCAUAAGUCCACUGUGUUAUUUAUAACGAAUGAAGCAUCAAAUUCAAUAUUUGAAAAGAAAGUAUCUUCCGUUCCACUAAAUUGCUCGUCAAUCGAGCUUGAAGCGAUAUU